UUGGCGGGUCCUGGUGAGUGAGGCUCCAGUUCGCACUCCAGUGAAGGGAUUUACAAGGAAGCAGAGUCAGAUUGCUUCCCGAAAUGACAUGGUUUCCUGCAGGUCUGGGCCUUUGCAAAACCAUAAUAGGAGCCAUUGUCCACUCAGUGACUCAGGGCCUCCUGGACGGUGGAGCACGGGACAUGCUUCUCACUGAAUAAAGUUCCCAGGAAGGACUCCCCUCUGUGCAGACAGUUUGGUCUGCUUUCUUUUCUGAGGAAAGAGACACCAGGUGCCCUCGCAGAGAAGACUUCACACAAGCACACACGCUGACCCUUCUCCAGGCUCCUAAAUCACCUGUCCGUAAAAUCUGCCUCCUGCCUGCACUUGUGAAAGGGCUGAGCUCUAUUAACCUGCUCAGCUUAACUCAUUCAAUCCCUGAAGACCUGUGAGUUGGGGUCCUCAGCCCUCCUUUGACACAGGAGGGAGUAGGUUCAGAGAGGUUAAGGUCACACAGGAGGUGGGAGGCCCUGCUCUCAAGCCUCCCUCUCCUGGCCUCUCACUGCCUGGGUCAGUGACUUCGCUUGUUUCGAGGCUGGGGAAGCACUUAAAUGCCUUCCUCCUGGGGAUGUGAGGGCCUGCAGGGCCCCAGAGGGCUUGCUGUCGGAUUGACUGCUGUGAGAAGAAAAAGCCAGUUGUCAAGGACUAUGCGGUAAACAGUCAAGUAACUUUCCCUCCUUGGGCCUCAGUUUCCCUUCCUGUAAAAUGGGAGUGAGGAGGCCUGGGCUUCACAGCCCUCUCAGACUGAGCGCCGAUGGCUCUCAGAGGAGUUCGUGUCCGGUUCCCAAGCCCGCCCCCGUGGAGUAGUGGGGGCGGGAUGGCCCCAAGGACUGCGGAUUCCCGACAGUUCCAGGGAGGUUCCGGUUAAGAGCUCCCCCCGCGCUGGGAAACCCCGACCUCCGCCAGCCCAGGUCGCGCUGUCGCUUUAAGGUCGGGCGCGGCACCUGGAGCCGCGCCACCCUGGAGUCUCCGCAGGCCCUGCGGCCGCGAGGACGCAGAUCCGAAGAGAGGUGGGGCAGGCCGCGCCCUGAGCCCGAGCCCAGGGUCCCGGCCGCAGUCUGCCAAGCCCGAAGCGUGGGCGGGAGCCAGGGGGUGAUCAUCACCGGAGUCGACAGCGAAGCCGGACUCCACGCGCCCCUCGGCGCCCCCACCCGGUGGCCGAGCCCCUGCGCGGUGAAGCGGGCUCGGCACCGCUCCCACCGGGUCGGGGCGAAGAUCGGACGGGACGGACGGCGGCGGACGAGACGCCCUGGACCAGACCCGGAGCCGGACCGUAGCGCUUCUGCGGGCUCGGAGAGCUGGGCUGGGGGACGGUCGCCGGGCCGCCCCUAACGCCGGGCGCCCCCUGCAGACCGGAGAGACGGCCCUUCCGAGGUUCUCUCUGCCCACGGGCGCGACAGCCAUCAUGCCUUCACCUCCGCUCGGCUCGCCAGGCUCCCCGCUCCGGGACCACGCCUGACCCUGCAGCGAGAUGGCUGCGCGCAAGAUGUGUGACAGGGGCCGUGUGGCCUCCACCCUGUGCUACUGCGUGACGGUCAGCAGCAUGGUGGUUCUGGUGGCCGGGACACUCUGCUUCGCCUGGUGGAGUGAAGAAGAUGCAGGUGCCCAGCCCAGCCAGCCGGCUCUGCCCACAGGACGCCCUGAGCCUGAGGCCCCCGGUCCCCUGCUCAGGUCGGUCAGUUUCCUCUGCUGCGGUGCAGGUGGCCUGCUGCUGCUCUUCAGCCUGCUGUGGUCUGUCAAGGCCAGCACCAAGGGGCCGCCUCGAUGGGACCCACAUCGCCUCUCCAGAGACCUGUACUACCUCACUGUGGAGCCCUCGGAGAAGGAGAGCUGCAGGACCCCAGAGGUGGUUGCCAUCCCCACUUACGAGGAGGCCGUGCACUGCCGACUGGCUGAGGGACCCCUGACACCACCUGCAUACCCCGUGGAGGAAGACCCGGAGCGCAGUGCCUCGGGGAAUGCCCUGCUUGGGGCCCAGCCCCCCUUGCCUCCGCCCAGCUACGAGAGCCUCGUCCUCGCUGACGGUGGCUUCUCUGGAGAGACAACGCCUGGGGCUGCAUGCUCCCGCCCAGGCCCGGUUCAGACUGCAGGGGAGGAAGUUAAAGGCUUCUAGCAGGCCUGGAAGCCAGAAACAAAUGAUGGGCUUCUUCUAGUGUCUAGUACAGUGCCUGGUACACAGCAGGCACUCAACAAAUGUUUGUUGCUGAAUGCUGUUUUAUUUUUCUAUUGCCGUGUAACAAAUGGCUUGAAAUAAAUCCAUUUCAUUAUCUCUCA